GCGUGACUGUCGUCGGAAUAGGGAUUCGAAGUCAGACUCAGUUGCUGCCCGACGUUCUUGGUGGAAUGUCGUCGCGCUUGCCCUAUUCCUCCUCGUUCGCUCGUACACCGUGCAAGUAAUUUCCUCACGAGAGUUUUUACUAGUAAACGAUUUUACGCGCUCGACAUCAUCAGGAUAAUUCGGAACGCGUGCCACGUCCCUGUGAAUCAAUUAACGGCUAGUGUCAUUCAGUGGUUAUGACUAAUCGGUGUUUACGCUGCUCGUACGAGGCACGUCGGAUAGCGUAGUUGAAUGAGGUUGAUCGAAUGUAACGACGUUUAGUGUUUACCGUUGGUGUGUAAUUCGAUAGAGAGUGAGAAAGAGAGCAACGAUAUCGCUCCGAUCCCGCGUUAGUUCGUUCGCUCGGUCGGAUUAGAAUCGAGGCCGAAACGCGGAGAGCCAGAUCCGGGUUUUCGAAUCGGGUCGCGAGAAGUGGUGAUAUGAGAGAGUGACUAUGAGUGCGUGACGACGGUGACAACGACGAGGAACCACGCGACGAACCCGCGACGAGAAGAUUCAGUUCCAGUCCCUCGGAUUGCGCGGGGAGUAACGAGGACGCGACAAUUGCACGGAAAUGGAGCCGACGACGAGCGGAUCGACGUGGUCUCGAUCGAGCUGCUGGCCAGUACCGGUGAUCCUCGCCUGUUGGCUGUUGUUGAACACCGCGCGAAUAGAUGGUCGCAGCAUCACCAGCCUCGAGGCACCGAACGGUUGCGAGUGGAAAAAGGACGGAGACGACGGGGAAAAAGCGCUCGCCUGUAGGGUCAGGACCAUCGCCAACGUGCCCGGCCUAAUUGGCAAUCUCUCGGCCAUUCAAGUGGACUCGAUCAGCUCGCUGGCCUUGGAAUGCAGCGACGUGUUGUUCUUCGAGAGCCAGAUAGACGGACCCCACGGUUUCUUCUCUCCCCUGCCGCGUUUGGAGAAGCUACGCGUGGAUUAUUGCAAGAUUCGUUACCUUCCCGGCGGUGUCUUCGCGUCCGCGCACAAUCUCCGAAGUCUCUCGUUGAGAACGCACAACGGCGACUGGUCAGCGAUGACUUUAGAGCUGCACGGCGACUCGCUUCGCGGUCUGACCUAUCUGCAACAGCUCGACCUCGCAGACAACAAUCUCUGGACGCUGCCAUCGGAGCUGCUCUGCCCGGUGCAGAGCCUGACGACGUUGAAUCUGACGCGCAACAAGUUACAGGACGUCGGUUCCCUCGGCUUCUCGGACUGGGUCGAAUCGUGCACACCUAGCCUGGAGGUGUUGGAUCUGAGCAACAACGAUCUCGGCGCGUUGCCCGAUCGCACGCUGAGCAAUCUCCGAAGCCUAACGGUGUUGAAGCUGCAGGAGAACGUGAUCGCCGCCGUGGGUGAUCACGCUCUCGCCGGGCUGACCGCGCUCCAUUCUCUCAACAUGUCUAGCAAUCGGCUGGUCGCGCUGCCGCCCGAGUUGUUCUCGAAGACCAGAGAACUGCGAGAACUGGUGUUAAGCAACAAUUCUUUGGCCGUGCUGGCGCCCGGUCUGCUGGACAAUUUGGACGAGCUGCAAAUAUUGGACCUGAGCAGCAACGAAUUGACAAACACAUGGGUGAACAGAGACACGUUCUCGAGAUUGGUUCGCCUCGUGAUCCUCGACCUGUCUUUCAACGCCCUCACGAGGCUCGACGCCCACGUGUUUAAGGGCCUGUACAGCCUGCAGAUCCUGAAACUCGAGCACAACGAGAUCGAAACGCUGAUGGACGGCUGCUUCGCAUCGCUGACGAACCUCCAUUCGUUGACGCUGUCGCACAAUCGUAUCGUCAGAUUCGAUCCGCCCCACACGAUCGGCCUGACCACUCUCGAUCAACUCUUCCUGGACACGAACAAACUGAAAACCCUUCAUCGUCACGUGUUCGACAAUCUCACGGGGCUGCAGGAUCUCUCGCUGAGCGGUAACUAUCUCACGGAGAUUCCGUACGCGGUCCGCGUGCUCCGUUCGCUGAAGACCCUCGACCUUGGCAAUAACCACGUGUCAAGAAUCGACAACGACUCGUUCGCCGGACUGAGCGAGUUGUACGGGCUGCGCUUGGUCGACAACAAAAUGGAGAACGUGUCGCGCGACGCGUUCGCCGCGCUCCCGGCCCUGCAGGUGUUGAACCUGGCGAACAAUUACAUCCGUCACGUGGAGCAGAGCGCGUUCGCGAGCAACCCGGUCCUACGCGCGAUUAGAUUGGACGGUAACCAGCUAACCGAGAUCCGCGGUGCGUUCACCAGCCUGACGACCCUCGUCUGGUUGAACGUGUCCGACAAUAAGUUGCUGUGGUUCGACUACAGUCAUCUGCCGGCGAGCAUAGAGUGGCUGGACAUACACGCGAAUCAGAUAAGCGAGCUCGGGAAUUAUUACGCGGUACGAAACACGCUGCGUAUAAAGACGCUGGACGCGAGCUACAACCAAAUCGGCGAGAUCGCGGAGGCGAACGUGCCCGACAGCGUGGAGGAGUUGUUCCUGAACAACAACAAAGUGCGGACCGUGGCCCCGGGUACGUUCCUGCAGAAGAGGAGCCUGCAGAAGGUGGUGUUGUACGGGAACGAGAUAAGGAAUCUGGACGUGGCCGCUCUCGCGAUCCAAACGGUGCCUCAGGACGACGAGCUCCCGCAAUUUUACAUCGGUAACAAUCCUAUACUGUGCGACUGCACGAUGGAGUGGCUGCCGAGGAUCAACGAGAUGGCGCGUCUUCGACAGCAUCCCCGCGUGAUGGAUCUCGACUCGGUCACGUGCGAGAUGGUGCACGCGCGCGCGACACCCCGCAGACCGUUGCUAUCGUUGCAGUCGAAGGAUUUCCUCUGCCAGUACGAAGCUCAUUGUUUCGCCCUCUGCCAUUGUUGCGACUUCGACGCGUGCGACUGCGAGAUGACCUGCCCGGACAAUUGUUCCUGCUAUCACGACCACAGCUGGUCGAGCAACGUGGUCGACUGCUCGAACGCCGGCUACAAGCACGUCCCCGAACGGAUUCCGAUGGACGCGACCGAGAUAUAUCUGGACGGGAACGAGCUGGGCGAUCUGGGCAGCCACGUGUUCAUCGGCAAGCGUCGCCUGGAGGUGUUGUUCCUGAACAACAGCGGCAUAUCCGCGAUCCACAACUGCACGUUCAACGGCGUGGGCGCCCUGCGCGUCCUUCACCUCGAGGACAAUACCCUGCGCGAGCUACGCGGGUUCGAGUUCGAUCAGCUGGAACGGAUGUCCGAACUUUAUCUGGAUCACAACGCGAUCGCGACCGUCGGUAACACGACGUUCAAGAAGAUGAGGAGUCUCGAGGUGCUCAGACUGGACAGCAAUCGUAUCGUCGACUUUCGGCCGUGGGAAGCGUUGCCCAGCGUCGGCGACAGCACCAGGGUCGCGCUCGAGGGUAACGCUUGGAGCUGCGAGUGCGGCAACGCCGCGAAAUUACGCGGCUGGCUCGCCGAGCAUCGCGGCGAUCCCGAGAAGAUGUACUGCCGCGACGGCGUCGAGUCCCUCGCGCAAGCUAUGAAGCGUUGCGGCGAUCCGUCUACCGAGGCCGUCAGCCGUGGAAUCCAGGAAAUCCCCUUGCUCGGUGGUAACUUCGUGCCGCUUUUAGCCGGCGCCUUGGUGGCCGUCAUCGCGAUCUGUCUGUUCGUCGCGCUCGCGUUCGCGUUCCGACAAGACGUGCGCCUUUGGGCACACGCUCGUUACGGUCUACGUCUGGGUAAAAUGACCACGCCGCCUGACGAGGAGAGGGACCGCCUCUACGACGGUUACAUCGUCUACAGCGAACGGGACGAGGACUUCGUUUCCAGGUUCCUAGCCGCCGAACUGGAGCAAUCCGGUCUGGCCCUUUGUCUGCACUGGCGAGAUUUGCCACCGGCCAGGCCACAGGAAGCCGUGCCGCCGGCCGCUGCCGCGGCCCGACGUAUAGUCAUCAUAUUUUCACCAGUGUUCCUGGCCAACGAAUGGCAGCACGUGGAAUUCCGCGCCGCGUUGAGAACCGCGUUGGAGAACAUCAGACCCAGUUCGAGGAAGAGGCGCGUGGUCGUGCUACUGGCCACGGACGCGCCUAGUCGCGAUCCCGAGCUGCAGCUGCUGCUGCAAACGUGCACGGUCGUGAUCUGGGGCGAGAAGAGGUUCUGGGAGAAGCUCCGGUUCGCGAUGCCGGACUCCGUGGGCAAACGACGGGACAGCAAGAAGGUGAACGACCGAAAUCGCAAACCGGCGCGUUAUACGGCCGCCCCGUCCGCCGGGGACGUAUGGACCAAGCCUAACGGCGUUUUGGUCGCCCCGGUGCACGCACCCACGCCGACGCCCACGCAGUCGACGUACGUAAGCUCGGCGUCGAGCAGGACCGAGGACGAGGACAGCGGAGCAGAGCAUCAACACCAACAGCACCAGCACCAGCACCAGCACAGCGGUUACAGCGCGUUGCACGCCGGAAACGCGAGGCCGGCCAGUCUGUCCUCGAGGGGCAGCCAUCUUUACAGCACGAUACCGGAACCACCGGUACCAACUGCGCCUCCCGGUGAGGUCUUGACGCAUCCUCGUACUUAUUUCGUCUAGUAUAGGCGAACAGCGUUGCUCGCGCGACGUUCCACGGCCACGAUGGGCCACCGUGUCAGAGGCCGGACACUGACGAGGCCCGCCAUGUGUAAAUUCGCUGUGGGUAUCGAAUGAGAGGGUACUGACUUAAUGAAAAGGUAUGCGAGAGAAUGAGAAACGCGUGAUUGAAUGUCCAGAGGUAUUUGUACAGUUUCGUUCGUUGCUCGCGAUGAACCGGCAUUCGAUUAUGCUCGAUUCGUAUUAGCCGAAAACGUAUAGAUUAUUAACGCACUGAACUGUGAGAACGUCUAAUGAUUUUAAUUGAUUGACGUACAGGUAAACUUGAAUUUAAUUAUGACAUCUUGAAGCCGAGAAUCUUGAUUUUCGAAAACACACGAGUCCACUCAACGAAUCACGGCUGGAGAGAAGAUUCGUACAGAACGUCUUUCAAUAAAGUCUAUUAGCAAUCGCUUAUUUCAGAUGAUAAUUCUUGUUGACAUUGUCUGUAGAAUUGCACUCGAUCAGACGUAAGGAAUUUCGUCAGAUUUUACGUCGGCUCGAAUCUGGCCGGCUAAUGCAAAUCGGAUUUUAUUCGAACGCGGUCGGUUCGUUUGCUCUUCCACUAGAAAUCGGUUGACUAGGAAUCCUCCUCAGGUUCCCGUGUCCACUCGUAGCACGGAACGAACCGUGGAGGAUCGUUUCCGCAGGGGUUUCAAAGGGGGGACGGAUAUUGUAACGAGAGUUGUCAGCCUCGCGAGAAAGUGCUUUCCAGAGUAUGCGAGGCUUCUCGACUCGUUUCGUUUUACCUCGAAGCGUGAUGUUUGAUCGACGAUAAAUCGAGAGACGGCGGGUUUAUUUAAAUAAACGUUUUCUUCGUAACGUUAAACGCUGUUACGUAGGGAGAACAUUUACAUAGACACACACACACAUACACGUGGCCGAAGUCAUUAUUUUUACGUACUAGAGGUGACAGAGAGAAAGGGUACUAAUAGCGUGAGAAUUUCUCCCUGCACAGAAUUAUUUACGGAUAUGCACGUGCGUAAGAUGCGAAGAGUAACGAGGACAAACUAAAAAGCUUUAGGUGAUACAUGUAAUGGCAGUCAAUGAGGACGUAGACACUGUUAUUAUUCUCGUCACUCGUUUAGAGGGCCUAAUGUGAAACACACACCGAAACAAAAUUAAUAACAGCGACCACCCAGCGAAAAUCGAUGUAGACUGUAAGAAUAGUGUUCGCCCUUUGCCGUUGCAUACUCAACCAUCAGCGUUGUCACCGCUCGACACCGGUUCAGAGAUUUCGCGACCUCGCGUGGCGUUCUAUUCGAUUUCGGAAUAAGCGAGCAGAGAGAAAAGGCUGCGGCGGGAAUCUCGAGACUCGAAAAUUCUCCUCGUUACCCGGGACGCUCUCGACGGCGGGCAUCGAGGGUUUCGAUCACGCUUGAAAAAUAACUCUUUUCUCUGGCGCCGUGUCCGCGCCGCGCGCCGUUUCACCGCGGCCGCACACCUCGAUCGAUCGAUCGCGAUGUGCAACCCGCCUCUUCGCUUUCUCGCCUUCUCGCCGAAUAGAUACAUACGUCGUUAUUUAUUUUCAUCGCCUUAUUCUCACCGUGAUUCCAUUUGUUCUACGAUUCUUUCAACAACACGAGUUUCACCUAAUUUUUUUUCACUGAACCAUCGAACGUGCCAAUCGUUCAUUUUCUUUUAUAAAUAAUUUAACGCACGACGCUCGGUCAAUACUAAACCAAGUUCUUGACAAUCGUUUUGUUUCGCUGCUGCAUGAAAAGACUUCAAGAUACGAAGCAUGCAAUUAUUAUUUUCGUCGAUUUUCUUUUCGUUUUGUAGACAAUUGUAUUGAGUAAUUAAAAUGAACCAUGACAUUUUACAUUACUUAGACAAACACGAGGACAAGAUAAGUUAAAGACCAAUCGGAGAUUUCUGUUUCUUUUAAGUCGAGUAUAAACUCCGCGCUGGUAGAAAACACAACAAUGUACUCUUUUCCUGUACGUACGAGUAGAAUCAGCGGCGAUGUUUGUAAAAAGAGCGAAGAGAUAUACUUGUGUCUUUAGUCCGAGAUUAAUUUUAUUUUCCAGGACUUUCGUUUACCUUAGCGGAUAGCGUUUUCCUCUCUUCGAGGGCCAAUCUUUAUGAUUUUUUUGUUGAGACAACGCGACAUUUUCCAUCCCGAACGAGGUAUCGAGGAUCGAGUACCGAUCGAGGAAAGAAGAGACGAGAAUGGGAGACCGCGCGUACGUUUUGCUCCGCGCCUCGGGAGCAGGGAAUCCUCCCUUCGUACUAAUCGUGUAUUAUAUUUUUUUCUAUUCCCGUCCGCCGGGGAACGGAGCAACGCGCCCCUAGUUCUCAUUCCUGUCGUCCGUUCGUCAAUUCGUUAGAGAGAAAAAAGUACGAAUGAGUGAGAAAGUAAUUAAGUACAUUAAUAAAGAGACUCCGGAGGAGAGUGCGCGUUCAGAGAGAUAAGAAAGUGUGCACGCAUGAUGCGACGGUUACAUGCAUUUAAGAUGGGAGUGUGAGGGGAGGGUGAAAAUACGGGAGGCGUCUAGCGAGACAACCUCGUUCCUAAGAUUCACGACUGUCUUUUUUUUGGUAAAAAGCAACGGUCGCCAAACGCUUAUUAGUCUGUAAGUGGAUACUCCGGUGUACAUAGUUGUGUAUAAUUUAACGUUGUAAAUAACUCGCGCACACUUCUCGAGCACAUCAAGGUGGCCAGCCACUUGUACCUAUAUGUAUACAUAUAAUAGCAUAGGAACUUAAAUACUGGUCUCGUCACACCAACCAACGGGAAAGCGAGAUUCCUCAUUGGGAAACUUGCGGACUUAUCGAUUGUACUGUAUUAUUGUAAAUACGCUCAUCGGAUCACGCGUAU